GUGAGCAACACUCAACAAUUUAAAACAAAUCUAGUUUUACAGAAGUAGUAUUAAUUUAAGUAUUUAACAGUAUAAAAGACAAACUCAAAUUCCCAAUCUCUCGCUUUUUCCUCAUCUCCUUUAAGAAUCCCACUCCUCUCUCUAUCUCUCUGAUUCCAAAAAUAUGGCGUCACCGUCGCAAAAGAUACUUGUUACCGGUGGUGCCGGUUUCAUCGGCACUCACACCGUCGUUCAGCUUCUCAACGAUGGUUAUAAUGUUACCAUCAUUGAUAAUUUUGACAAUUCUGUUAUGGAAGCGGUCGACCGUGUCCGUGAACUUGUCGGUUCAAAUCUUUCUCCGAAUCUCGAAUUCACAGAGGGUGAUCUCAGGAAUAAGGAUGAUUUGGAGAAACUUUUCUCACAAACUACAUUCGAUGCUGUGAUUCAUUUUGCUGGAUUAAAAGCAGUUGCAGAAAGUGUUGCAAAUCCACGUCGCUAUUUUGAUAAUAAUCUUGUUGGCACUAUCAAUCUCUAUGAAGUUAUGUCCAAGUAUAAUUGUAAAAAGAUGGUUUUCUCAUCAUCUGCAACUGUUUAUGGCCAACCUGAAAAGAUACCUUGUGAGGAGGAUUUCAAUUUACAAGCCAUGAAUCCAUAUGGACGAACCAAGCUUUUCCUAGAAGAAAUUGCGCGAGAUAUUCAGAAAGCUGAGCCAGAAUGGAGGAUCAUUUUACUGAGAUACUUCAAUCCAGUUGGGGCCCAUGAAAGUGGUAGACUCGGUGAAGAUCCCAAGGGCAUCCCAAAUAAUCUCAUGCCUUAUAUACAGCGUGUAGCUGUUGAAAGAUUACCCGAGCUCAAUGUAUACGGUCAUGAUUAUCCUACGAGAGAUGGUUCUGCGAUUCGGGACUAUAUCCAUGUGAUGGACUUAGCAGAUGGUCACAUUGCUGCCGUGAGAAAGCUUUUCACAGCAGAUGACAUAGGUUGUGCUGCUUACAACUUGGGAACUGGUUGUGGUACAUCGGUGCUUGAAAUGGUUGAUGCAUUUGAGAAAGCUUCUGGCAAGAAAAUUCCAGUGAAAUUGUGUCCACGAAGACCGGGAGAUGCUACGGAGGUUUAUGCAUCUACAGAGAAAGCUGAGAAAGAACUUGGUUGGAAGGCCAAAUAUGGUGUAGCGGAGAUGUGCAGAGAUCAGUGGAAUUGGGCAAAGAAUAACCCAUGGGGUUACUCAGGGCAGCCUUGAAUCAGCUUGACAAAGAUAGUGCUCAUCUAUCUACCAAUAUUUUCGAUGCAAAUAGGUUUCCCAUUGUUGAAGAAGAUUUGAUGCCUUGUGAUUUACUUUGGCGCUUAAUAAUCUAUAGAAUAAAGUUUUGGUUGCUAUUUCAUAAA